ACAUCCAACUCAUCCCUUUCUAUCCAGUACGCGCGACUAGAGUGCAAUGAGAGUUCAUCACCGUCGACGGGGAUUACGCUACCGACAAACGUCAAACCGGUAAAAGGUGAAUAAUGGGCGGGGAAAUAUAUGGUCGAUUUAGUUUUUUUUGACAUUUAUUGCUUUUACUACAGCCGCAGGCUCGUCACUAUUUCAUGAUUUGGAGGGAGUAGUACGCCUCGAGUAUUUCUAGUGUGUUUUUGAGCUGCGUGCAACAGCGCUCCAGCUCAUCCACUCAUCAUUACGCGCGAGAGGAACUCCUCAAAUACACGACAACAGGUUUCAAAGCCAACGGAGGCUCUGCGUAAUGACUUAAUAUGACAAUUGGCACAUGGUAGAACACGUCGUUUUUCAUUUUCUUAAGGACUGUUGAAAAACAGUAGCAGAACAUAGAAGAAAUCCUUCACUCUUUCAUUAUGAAGACUGGAGGGAUCAAGCUUGAGCCUGGGCAGACGAGUCAUGGUGAGAGGCUGUUCUGGAGCUCCGCUGGAGGUCAGGGGAGGUUUCGGCUUUUCCUGGCCCACCCAGGACUGCUGCCUCUGGGGAUGGUACUUCUAGUUCUCCUGUCCUCUGGAGAAACAGUAACACAGAGUGUCCCCAGAGUAAAACUCAGCUACAAAGAGCUGGUGCAGGGUGGCAGUGUGUCCGUGUUCCUAGGCCCUACCGAUGGCCUCCAUUCCCACUCAGUGUUGUUGGAUGAGGAGAAAGGCCGGCUGCUGCUGGGAGCCAGAGACUCUAUCUACUUACUGGACCCUGACAACCUCAACAAAGCCCAGAGGAAGAUCAGCUGGCCAGCAACCAGAGACAGAGUGGAGAUGUGUAAACUGGCCGGCAAGAACGCUCAUUUGGAGUGUGCCAACUUUGUGCGUGUACUCCAUAAUUAUAACCGCACCCAUGUGUAUGGCUGUGGGACCGGGGCCUUCCACCCCAUCUGUGCCUUCAUUGAGAUCUCCGGACGCAGAGAGGAUGGUGUCUUCCAGUUGUUGUCCAGUACAGUGGAGUCCGGAAGGUUGAAAUGCCCAUACGACCCAUGGCAACCUUUCACCUCUGUCCUCACAGAACAAUUCCUGUAUGUGGGCACGGCGUCAGACUUCCUGGGUAAAGACACAACGUUCACCCGCUCCCUGGGCCCUCCACCCGACCAGCACUACAUCCGCACCGACAUUUCAGAGGACUACUGGAUCAAUGAGGCCAGGUUUAUAUCAGCUCAUCCCGUGUCAGACACCUACAACCCUGACGAUGACAAGAUCUACUUCUUCUUCCGCGAGUCGUCACGUGACAGCAACGAUAAGAGUGUCCUGUCCCGAGUAGCACGUGUCUGCAAGAACGACGUUGGAGGGUUAAGGAGUCUGACCAAUAAGUGGACGACGUUCCUUAAAGCCAGACUGGUGUGUUCCAUCCCUGGUCCUGACGGAGUGGACACACACUUUGACAGGCUCCAGGACAUAUUCUUGCUUCCCACCAGAGAUGAGAAGAACCCUGUAGUGUUUGGAGUCUUCACAACCUCCAGCUCGGUGUUCCGCGGCUCGGCGGUGUGUGUGUACAGCAUGGCAGAUAUACGAGCUGUGUUCAAUGGCCCCUACGCUCACAAGGAGGGGCCUGACCAUCGCUGGGUGGAAUACGAGGGAAGAAUACCAUACCCCCGCCCUGGAACGUGUCCCAGUAAGACGUAUGACCCCAGGAUAAAGACCACGCAAGAUUUCUCAGACGAGGUGGUCAGUUUCGUCCGCUUCCACCCGCUCAUGUCACGCUCCGUCAGACCCCUGACCGGCCGGCCCGUGUUCACGCGUGUACGUGUCGACUACACGCUGACACACAUAGUGGUGGACCGUGUCAUGGCCGAGGAUGGACCGUAUGAAGUCAUGUUCCUGGGGACAGAUUCUGGGUCAAUCCUAAAGGUGGUGAGCAUAACUCAGGAUAACUGGUCUACUGAGGAGGUGAUCCUGGAGGAGCUCCAGGUGUUCCAGACACCCACUCCCAUCUUGAGUAUGACAAUCUCUGCUAAACUGCAACAGUUGUACGUGGGUUCGGGGGCAGGUCUAGCCCAGGUCUCCCUGAGCAGGUGUCACCUGUAUGGUCAGGUGUGUGCCGAGUGCUGCCUCGCUAGAGAUCCCUACUGCGCUUGGGAUGGACACACCUGCUCACGAUAUGUCCCUGCAUCUAAGAGGAGAGCCAGGAGACAAGACGUCAAACACGGAGACCCAUCCAACCAGUGUUGGGACACUGAAGACAGCAGGGGGGAGGAGAAGACCAUGUUUGGGUUGGAAAAUAACUCUACCUUCCUGGAGUGUCUCCCCAAAUCACAGCUGGCCACCAUACACUGGUUCAUACAGAGACAAGGAGCUGAACACAAAGAGGAGGUACAGCCAGAUGACAGAGUCAUUCUUACAGACCGAGGUCUUCUUAUUCGCUCCCUUCAUCCUGCCGAUGCUGGCGUGUACGUGUGUGUGGCACAGGAACACACACACUUCACACACACUCUGCUUCGCCUCACCCUUCGACUCAUUCCUCACGGGCAUCUGGAUGGGCGGCCCAAGCCCAGCGAGGACCCCAGCGUCGACGUCCAACCCGGAGUGGAGUCUCGUCAACGCUAUAAGGACUAUCUGCGUGUGAUGAGUUCACCUAUUGGUUCGCUGGAGGAGUACUGUAACUCACUGUGGUUGGAGAAGAGGCCAACCAAUAAGAGAGGGGGCAGAGGACCGGGGGUGGGAAUAGGCACUGGGAAAUGGAAACACAUCCAGGAGCUGAAAAAGAGUAGGAACAGACGACACCAUGGAGACAGAGAUGGCGAGAGGGAUCAAAAGUGGGUAGGGCAGCAGAGGAGAGGAUGAGUGUGGAGGGGGUACCAUAGAGGAGUUGCUACAGAAACAGCAGGAGAGGAAGUGACAUCAGUUUCAGUGGGAGACCAUGAGUGUUUAUAGUUGAAUGAUGGGGCCCUCAUGGGUAAGAAGACCUAAGUCAGAGUUGAGGGGCAGUCAUGAUGCCCAGGGAACAGACAUCCUGCGGUGGAUCAUGUGGCACUUACUUCUCUAACUUAACUGCUCCCGCUUCCCCGGGUGUUCCUCACUCCGGUUUUUCAGCAGUGUCUUACUGGUUUCAUUCACACUGCAUAAGAACCCUGUUUUACUAUUGUGGCGAGGGGAGAUGUAGCUCAAACACCUGUCUGACGAAGUUGAGACUUUAAAGGGCGUUCAGAGAUCAGGUUAUUUUUCCUGCAAACUUUAAACAUUAAAUUCAGUCACACAGUAUCUGAUAUUUGCCACACCAGCUCUGAACAUGACUUCUUCUGACAAUCACCCUGCUGAUAAACUAGCUAGCUGUUUUUCUAUUUUUACGGUAUUGAGGGGUAACCUAAGGUUAGUGUUGUGUUUUAAUCAAAUGCAUUCAUGUUGAAUGACUGUAAAUACUUCUAUAACAUGUACAGGUGGAACUGCAUGCUCCAGUUAGAUAAAGAUAGGACCCAUUCUACUCCUUAUUGUUAUGAUAAUCAUGUAUUACAUUUAGAGUGAAGAAAGAAUCAUAUUUUUGUACAAAAUCUCACAGUUUUUGGAAUUUUGUUUUUGUUAUUUAAAUAAACUUGUAUCUUUUUCUAUGGGAA